AUGCCUCCUAAGAGAAAAUCAGCUAGACAGGCGGGUAGGUCAGCUGCCAAGAUCACAAGACGAGAGACCCCAUCCUCUAGUGCCUCGAGUGACCUGGCCGAGGAUUCAGCAGCGCAACAAACAGCUGAACUUGUGAACAUCGUGGACUUAACGAGCGUGGUCACAUUGGCAGUGACAGAGGCCCUGAAAGCUGUUGGAGUUGGGCAAAUGAUCCCAUUAUCCAGUCCCCCCACGGUUAACCCAAGUCAUGGGUCAGUAGAUGCUUCAGCCACAGUGGCGACCGCCACAGCUGCCGAGAUAGCCAGCUUUUCAUCCCUGUCGGCGGGUAUGUCAAUAUCAAAUUCCAAUGACAAACCUAGUGAAGUGAACUUCACGAGCGUAGCAAUUGAUUUGGAGGCACGGGUGUCGGCUAAGCUCAAGGCAAAGAUCUGGGCCGAUGAAUACAUUGAUUUUGGGGCGCUACUAUCGUCUUUUCCUGACGAUGAUAAAUUUAUUCUCUCUUUUAACUAUGAGGGAAAAUCGCCAAGUUCUUUGCCUCGAACCAUCCAAACCAAAGCCCAAGUUUUUAUCCUUGGGGCAAUGGCAGACGGCCUUUAACACCUUUGCGGCUGUUUUUACAGUUAAAUACCCGCUAAAGGUUGCGGCUUUUCUCAAAUAUUGUGAAGUUGUCAGAGAUAUUGCUAAUAAGUCAGGAAACUGGCGUAAUUACGACCAGCAAUUCUGCUAUUUGCGUCAAACAAAUCCAGAGAAAUUUCCCUGGGACAGGGUAAUGUGGGAACUUUGGAAUCAGGCCAUUCACGUAACAUAAAAAUCUCACCGAAUAAUACACGGAAUAACAAACCCCAAACCCGGCCAUUUCUGUCCUUUCCAAAAGGUGUGUGCUGGAAAUUUCACUCCGNAGAAUUUUUGCCUCAAGUCACAUGUUCAUUUUGUGAUAUAGUGAUACCCGACACAUAAUUUUUGCGCCCGGUGAACCUUGGUGCGCCUAUCUCUAUUAUUUUGUGUCCAUGUAUCAUAUAUCCACAAUUUUCCUCUAUUGCAUUCGAUCGGUUGCUUACACCAAAAUUUGGCCGGCUGACUGCAACCCGUUUUUACUCUCUUUACUAUGCUUUGUUUAAUUACUUAUGUUAGUCGUCUUAGUCAUGCGUUACUGGUCAUUAAUGAUGUGCGGUUUAUUUAAGUCAUGCCUCCUAAGAGAAAAUCAGCUAGACAGGCGGGUAGGUCAGCUGCCAAGAUCACAAGACGAGAGACCCCAUCCUCUAGUGCCUCGAGUGACCUGGCCGAGGAUUCAGCAGCGCAACAAACAGCUGAACUUGUGAACAUCGUGGACUUAACGAGCGUGGUCACAUUGGCAGUGACAGAGGCCCUGAAAGCUGUUGGAGUUGGGCAAAUGAUCCCAUUAUCCAGUCCCCCCACGGUUAACCCAAGUCAUGGGUCAGUAGAUGCUUCAGCCACAGUGGCGACCGCCACAGCUGCCGAGAUAGCCAGCUUUUCAUCCCUGUCGGCGGGUAUGUCAAUAUCAAAUUCCAAUGACAAACCUAGUGAAGUGAACUUCACGAGCGUAGCAAUUGAUUUGGAGGCACGGGUGUCGGCUAAGCUCAAGGCAAAGAUCUGGGCCGAUGAAUACAUUGAUUUUGGGGCGCUACUAUCGUCUUUUCCUGACGAUGAUAAAUUUAUUCUCUCUUUUAACUAUGAGGGAAAAUCGCCAAGUUCUUUGCCUCGAACCAUCCAAACCAAAGCCCAAGUUUUUAUCCUUGGGGCAAUGGCAGACGGCCUUUAACACCUUUGUGGCUGUUUUUACAGUUAAAUACCCGCUAAAGGUUGCGGCUUUUCUCAAAUAUUGUGAAGUUGUCAGAGAUAUUGCUAAUAAG